AUGGAUGAUCCAUCGCUGAUGCCGGAUCUAUCGCAUCUAUCGGCGGAGGAGCGUGAGAUCAUCGAACAGGUAUUCAAAAGACAGCGCGAUGAAGAAGCUAAGGAAACACAAAUGUCGCAAAAAGCGACGGAAGAGCUUUCCGAGCUCGACAAACAGAUUAACGAGAGGAAAGAAACAUCUCGAAAACUUGUUGGUACUCAAGAUGAUGCGAUUUGUCAGAUUUGUCAAAAAACCAAAUUUGCGGACGGAAUCGGCCACAAGUGCUUCUACUGCCAGCUUCGAAGUUGUGCCAGGUGUGGAGGACGAGCGCAGAGCAAGAAUAAGGCUAAAUUUGGACGCCAUCAAACUAUCGGAUUACAGGCGAUUUGGGCUUGUUCGCUAUGCCAGAAGCGUCAGCAAAUUUUGGCAAAGACUGGCAAAUGGUUUCAACCCGAAGACAACGUUUCGCAGCCCAAAAUUAGUGUCUCUGGUCCUAGUGGGACGUCACCAUCGCCGCAUAGCCAAUCGCAAUCAUCAUUGUCAGCACAUCAAGAACCACAAUCAGCUUCUCAAGACCAAAUGUUUGAGUUGAAUUUAAUCAGAGAGAAACCUUCGAGGAAUACGAAUAUGAACAACCGAUACCCGCAUGACAACCAAGAUCAGCCAAUGAAUCAGAAUCACAAUAAUUAUCAACAGCAAAAUCACAAUCAGAAUCAUGGGUCAAAUAUGAACUCGAAUAUGACACAAACAAAAAUGGGUAGAACCGACGAUUGUCGAACAGAUGAUAAUCGACGUGGAAAUAAUAUGUUCCGACAACAAUCGAUAGAAAGGAACAACACACAGCAGAUGCAUAGUCAAAAUGUGAUGGAAAAUGAUGUUAAUCAAAGACCUACAUUUUAUACGGAAAAUUCAAAUGAAAUCGAUCAAAAGCCAAUAGAUGCUCCACAGAUGAAUGAUCAAUCGACACGAAAUUCUACAGCAAUGCGGGUUACCGAAGACGAUUACUCAACGUCCGCCAAUUUUGAAUCAAAAAAGCAACGAAACAAUCAUAACUCAUUGCAACAGAUCCCUCAGGUUCGACCGUGUCCUCCAGCCGAUGAUCAUAUGAGUCGGGUUCGAAAUAGACUUCACAGGCAACUCCGGUCGAUGUCAUCAUCUGAAGAAGAUAUCCUUGCCAACUCUGCGCUGAAAACGUCAACAUCCGCUGUGGUAGCGGCUGGCGGAAAAACAUACCACGAAGAUUCAAGUUCAUCCAGUGUUCAACGUCUUUCCGAGGAGUGCAAUUCUGAAAAGGACUUACUUCGAUACAUUUAUGGCGAUCGGCAGAAUAUGGAGCAACACCAAAACUCGAUCAACAACAUGAAAGGAAUUCAACCAAGACGUAGGGAAAAGUCACUCUCAGUUUCUCCAUCGUCAAGAAAUCAUCACGACCAGUUCGGUGGUCCAAGUAUUGCUCCAGGCGGUGAUUUACUAGCGUCGAGAAUUCGAACAUUUCUUUCACAUCCUGUCACCUGGCAGCCAUCUGCAGACCAAAAACGUCUGAUAGGUCAUAUGAUUCUUCAUCGGACAGAAAACAGCGCUUCGAACGGAGACCUUGGUCUUAAAAUUGUUGGCGGCCGACGCACAGACACAGGAAAACUAGGAGCAUUCAUCACUCAAGUUAAGCCCGGAAGCGUUGCUGAUACAAUUGGAAGAUUACGACCCGGAGAUGAAGUUGUUGAAUGGAACGGGCAGUCAUUGCAAAAUGCGACCUAUGAGCAAGUUUACGAUAGUAUAGCAGCCAGUCGAUAUGACACGCAAGUGGAGUUGAUUGUGAGCAGAAAUGCUGUUUUGCCGGGUGGUGACGAUUUCCUGAAUUUGACUCAGAAUGCUGCUGGGUUUCCUGCGAAGCCUUAUGCUCCAAAGCAGUUUCAAAGACAACUACCCAACCCAGAACUUUUUGCUGAUCCCACUAUUCCUGCUCAAUUAUUGUCUCAUUCACAAUCAGCGGUUUUCGCGCAGACCAACACACUUCCAACACGGAAUCGUAGCACAUCUAGCUAUUACUAUCCUGACGUCGACCUUGGUGUCCCUCCUGUUGCGCCCUAUAGAGAGGCUCCAAAUGCUCAGCCAUAUGGAACCGGUCACAUCUUUGGUCGCUUAGAAGUUUCCUUUGUCUAUUCGCAUCAUGACAGGCAGCUUUCUGUUGCGCUUGAAAGAGCACAUGAUUUACCACCGAGGCCAGACGGCACACUCCGGAAUCCCUACGUCAAACUUUUCCUUUUGCCCGAUCGAAGCGAGAAAUCGCGAAGGCAAUCUGCCGUCAUUGCCGAAACAUUGAUGCCCGUAUGGAAUGAAGUAUUUUAUUACAAUGGGCUCACUGAGCCAAUGAUAAUGCAGAGAGUGCUCGAGAUCACCGUGUGGGACUAUGACAAAUUUGGCACGAACAGUUUCCUUGGUGAAACGCUCAUCGACCUUGCUGCAGUUCCACUGGAUGGCAAUCACUCAUUGAUGUGCACAUUAGUAGACAUGGACGAUGAUAAUCCAUUGAGAACUAGAUUAAAACUUCGAAAAUCCUCGCACCAUCACGUACCGCCUUAUCGUCGCCCUCAAUCGGAACUUAACUACUAUAAUGAUCACUCAAACUAUUACAAUGAAGUAGGACGAAGUGGUCACGAUCGCGACGAUGAACAUGAUGAAUAUCUCGACGACGACGAUAUGGAGAAUGACAUGGAUUUGGCGCGAACACCUGCUGGAAUGGUGCGCAAAAGUCGCACCUAUGACCGACAGCGACGCGAUAAAUUGCAUGGCUAUGCGGAUUGGACAAUGAAUCGACAAUCGGGAUAUAUGUCAGAUCACGGGUACGGCAAAAAUUCGAUGAUGCCAAGAACAUAUAAUCGCCGACAACACAGGAGACCAAGAAGUGCCACAGCUCUCAUGCAUAUGGGACCUGAAGAAAUGUACGAUCAUAAGAAAUAUUUUCGUGGGAGAGCUGAAGAAGACGACUAUCAUGGAUCAAAUGGAUCACAUGGUUCUCAAUACUACGCGGGGGAAAAUACAAUGUAUGAAGAUUCGAGAUAUAAAAUUCCUUCCACUCAACGUUUCGGCGCUCCAUCUCAGGCACCUCCGGCAAUAGGCGCUCCCGGACAGCCGGCUCAAAUUCAGGGCCCGCCACAGGCUCAGCAACCACAGCUACCGCUUCCACCAUCACUGCAGCAGCAACAAUUGCAGCAACAGCAGCAGCCAAAGCAGCAGACGGCGACGCAGCAACAGCAGCGGCAACAGAUGCCGCAGCAGGGUUACUAUAGCGAUGGAAGCGAGACAAUGAGUGUGCACUCUUGCAAUAGUAUGCCCAUGAUUACAACAAUCAAUCGCCGAAAUAUGGCUCAAAAUUCCAACGACAAUACUUCCUCAUUCGAAGAGCAAUCGAGAAAAACUGAGGUCUCCAAAGUUUCAUCAAUGGCUAGUUCUUCGUCUGUUCCCAAUAGCGCAACUGCAUCGAAUAACGCUUCAUCUAACACUUUAAUGAAAGAACGAAAGAAGAGUCUCAUGACUCGAUUCAUUCCAGGUCGCUCUGGUGAAGGUAAGCGUACUGGAUUUGCGAGAUCCGAAGAGGUUGGAAUUCCGGGAAACAUGUCAUCCGAUAGGCUUGUUGAGCCAACCCCUCCAUUUCUAAAACAAGCCAGCAAGGAAAGUACUGAUUCGGCCCAUUCCGACAAUUGGCUCCCCGUUCUUGCCGAUGGGCCACUUGGUUCAUUCGUAGAUAAUCUUGGUCCAGGACAAGUUGUUGGACGUCAAGUUCUUGCAUCUCCAGUUCUUGGCGAAAUUCAAAUUGGCAUUAUGGCUGGGCGCAGUGGAAUCGACGUGGAGAUCAUUCGAGCCAAGAAUCUCGUGGUUAAGCCCGGUGUGAAAAUUUGUCCAGCGCCGUACGUCAAAGUAUACUUAAUGGAAGGCAAGCAAUGCGUUGCGAAGGCAAAGACCAACGCGGCUAAUAAGACGACGUCACCGCUUUUCCAGCAGCAUUUGAUAUUCAAUGACAGUCCAAAGAAGAAAAUGCUACAAAUUACGGUGCUUGGUGACUAUGGGAGAAUGGAAAGGAAGACAUUCAUGGGAAUCGCGCAAAUUCGUCUUGAUGAUCUCGAACUCGGUGCUCAACCGCUCAUUGGCUGGUACAAACUGUUCCAUAGCUCAUCAUUAGCUGGAACCGGUCCGGUUCGCAAGGACUCCGAUGUGUCCGUUGGAGGUGCUCAACAAUAA